AUGGAGGGCUUUGAAUCCAUGGCAAUGCCGCCAUAUAAUCUUGCCAGUCCCUUGUCGCUUGGAAAUUUGCAGGGUACCGACUAUCUCAGUGCAAUUUCUGGCCUGGACAUGCCCGAUCACCGCUCUACCUUCGACACCGAGACCUUUGUUAGUGAUGAGCUCGCUUUUGCUCCCCCAAACCUGUCACAUCAACUGAGCCGCUUCUCUUCGACCUACGACCCUUUCACCGAGAUGGUGGCUCCCUUUGAGCCCGCACCCCAGGAACAGCCCCAGGACUCCUCGAUCGACCACAACAACAAGCUGUUGAGCUUUUCGCUACCGGUAUACCACUAUACGCUCCUCGACUACUCCAUGCGCCGGACUUCCUUGUCAGUGUCGGCGCAGUUGCAUGGAAUGUUCUUUCUGGCCGAGUCGCCCUACACCACGUCUCCCUCGGAGAACGCCCCACCCCAGCAAGGCGCCGAACUCACGUGUUAUCGUCGCAAUUUGUUCCAAAUUACCGGUUCAGUCACGUUACCCCGCGGGAUGCGCUAUAUCAUGACUGAUCAAGGCGAUCGUAUUCCAAUCCUGGCCCAGGAGCUCACCGUAUCAGCUACAGAAUCCGUGGAAGGAAAUUCAGUGAAGAUCAUCUCAGUGCCAUGGAAGACUCCCUCCGCGGCUGCCGCCAACUCUGGCACAGCGCCCGAGGAAAAUAACCCUAGUACCGGUGCCAAGAUUGAGAAGGAGCCUCCCGCAAUCCCCCUGGACAUCAUGGCUGGCCAAGAUUUGGAUUCGGACUACGCGACCUUCCCGAUUGCUUGGAAACGCUUACAGUUCCGUGUCGCAACAGCCAACAACGGCCGCCGGAAGGAGCUCCAGCAACACUUCGUCGUGCGCCUCAAGGUGGUCGCUACUCUAUCCACCGGCGCGAAGAUUCCCAUCUCAGAGGUCCAGUCGGGUCCUGUCAUUGUCCGUGGCCGCAGUCCACGGAACUUCCAGUCUCGCAAGGAUCUCCCUCUCAGCGGUAGUGCUGCUGCUUCGCGAAAGAAUGCCCAGGCCAACUCUGCAAAUUCUUUGAACCGCACCCCAACAAGUGACUCCGUCGCGCGUCGCGCAAGUGUGACCCCUGCGAAAACAAAACCAGCCGCGCAGAGCAGCUCCCCUGAAACAACAUCGGUUCCUCCAUCCAGCCUGAUGCAACAGACUCAAGCGACUCCGGACUGGACUCCAAUCCCCCAAUCAUCUACAUCAAACAAUGUCAUGUCUCAUGCCCAGGUCCUGUUCCCUCAUUCUAGCCCGGAACAGCUCUCUCAAGCAACAGAUUCACAACGACGCGUGAGUUCUACAACCGCCGCUGCACCCAUCAACCUAUCUCUGUUAGACGAGGAAGAGGACCCAGGCGAUCCAAACCUCCAUCUCGACCAAAAGAUGGUCCCCCCCUUCGCUACAGAUCUCCCGCACCAGCGAUCCCUAAGUCUGGACCAGUCCGCUCCCCCUUCCAAAAUGCGCAAACUUUCCCACGCCAUCUCUCAAACACCAUCACGGAGCGUGGCUUCAUCAAUGCCAUUGCUCGAGACAGCCAAUGUGCCCCAGCCGUUCGCUUCGGGUCUUCCCUUUCCUAAUGAAAGCAACGAUCUGCUUUACGAGUACUUCCCUCUCGGUUUGGAUGACUGGCAGGCUCCCGUCGACGCCGUCUACCGGCCCCAUGUGGUGCAUCAUACUAACAUGCCCGAGAUGAAGUUCGUCGCCUCGAGAGGCCGCAGCAAACGAUACUUCGCCGCUGAAGAUGUGUUUUAA